UUGGAUUCUCCAUCGUCUUCUAGAAGCCAAGUUGCUGUCAAUUCACCUAUACCUUCUGUAAGUGGAGUUUCUGUAAUUCAAGAUAUCAACGAAUCGGCACCAGAUGAUGCCAAUAAUAGCAUUGUUCUGAGAAACAAUAGUUCGGAGCCUGAAACUAUUUCAGACACUGAAGAGGAAGACGACGACGAUGAUGAUUGGAAGAAAGUGUUUUUCCCUCAUAUGGCACCUAUUGAAAAGUUUGACGAUAUUCCAGUAAAACCAAAACAGAAUUUUCCAAACAGAAGUGGUCCUCAUACAUAUUUUGGAUUAUUUUUCUCUGAAGAAAUCUUGUCUGUAAUAGUUGAGCAAACCAAUCUUUAUGCAGCACAAAACAAGCAGAAGAAUUGGGUUGAUGUUUCUGUUGUAGAAAUCCAGGAGUUUCUUGGAAUAUUGGUACUAAUGGGUGUACAUCCUCUUCCAAAUUUAGAUCUAUACUGGGCAACAGAUCCACUGUUUUGUGUCCGGGAAAUUGCGGAUGUUAUGACCUCCAAAAGAUUUAAAAUGAUCCUAAGGAACUUGCAUCUAAAUGAUAAUACGAAAAUGCCUCAAAGGGGUGAACCAGAAUUCGAUAAACUGUAUAAGAUUAGGCCUUUAGUCGAUUUCAUGAAUACUGCUUUGCAAAAUGCGGCAAGGAACUCUUCAUCACAAAGCAUAGAUGAGUGUAUGGUGAAAUUCAAAGGGCGCAGUACUUUGAAGCAAUAUAUGACCAAUAAGCCCGUAAAGAGGGGCUUCAAAAUAUGGGCGCGGUGUGAUAGCAACACAGGCUAUCUUUAUGAGUAUGAAAUAUAUACUGGCAAAAAGGAUAACGAAACAGAGUUUGCAUUGGGAGCUAGUGUAAUAAAAAGUGGCUGCAAAGCACUAGUGGAAGAAAAGAUGGAUAAUGUUCACGUUGCAUUCGACAAUUUUUUUUCUUCAACUGAGCUUAUGCAGAGUCUAUUGGAACAGAACAUAUAUUCAACAGCGACAGUCCGGUCUAACAGAACCAAUUUACCCAAGAGAUUGAAAAAGCAGGCUGCCAAAAAAAGUAAACCAAAACUAAAACUAAGUAAAGGGCAAUAUAAGUGGAGGGUCAACAAAAAUGUUAGUUUUUUUUUGUUGGAUGGAUACUAUUCUUAG